CUCCUGUCGCUGCUGUGGAUCUCACUACAAUUCUCUGCUAUGAGUCAAUGUGACGAUGUGGCGUACCACUUACCUCGACGAACAUCAAAAUGUUUAAGCGCACACCACGAAUCCGAAAAAUGAAAGAGACAGGAUGCACAAGCACAUGCUGCAGCAAGAAUCUAUACGUCAAGUAGAUCAAAACCGUAGCGAGGGGAAAUUGUUUAAUCAACAUGAAAAUCAAAAUCUGAGGUUUCUUCGUUCUAUCAUGCAAAUGGAUCCGCCGACUUCUAUUUCAUUUUCACGACUCAUGUUUUACAAUGUUCGAAAACGUAAACGACUUUUUUGUCCCUUGGUGGACAAUUCUGCAGCUUUUUUCAGUUUCCGUAUUAAGAUCUCAUCUUCGGAAAUUGAACUUCACUUUGAAAUGACCCCCAGCUCCAGGACCACAGUGCCCAUUGAUUGUGCUAGUCUAGCAGCUCUGGUAGAUGUUCGCCCCCCCAACAAGAAAAACUCAUCACAUUGUACCCUUUGAGGUUUCCUAGAAUUGUACUUGCUCCGACGUUUUAGAUAGACAACGCAGAAUCAUGGCAGAUGACCUCGGUUUUGGCGACUUAUCGUCUGACGAUGAUGUCGCGCAAGCCCCCCCGCCCGCCCCCAAACCGGCAGCGCCCGCACUCAGUACCCCGGCGACUUCAUCUUCGUCCUCCUCGGCGCCCCUGCUGAACGGGCAGCACAAUGCUGCAUCUUCGUCUUCCUCAGCCCCGGUCACGCAACCCGCUUUCGCUCCCGCCCAAAGAAGCGGACCUGCAACAUUUAUCAUGGGUCCGCCGAAACUCCAGCCGAGCAAGCCAAACACCGGCGGGCGCCCCAACGGCGGCGGCUUCAAUCUGCUGAAGCACAACUCGCAGAACCAGCAGCGGCGCGGCGCCACACGCGGGCAGCAAGUAGGCACUGCAACUGGCGACACAAGCGCGAAUGGCGGCACCGCGAAAGCCGGCGGCGUACCGGGUGGUCGAAACUUUGCCUAUGGCGGUACCGACAUAUCUGACCACCGAGCGGCUCGUCAAGAGUUCCAGGCAACGACGGCGGCGGCUAAGGUGAAUGAUAUACUCUUUGGAGCCAACUCGAAACUGGAGCAGAUAGAGGCGGAGCACCAGAAGAACAGGGACAAAAAGGUGGGAAAGAUCGUGAACAACGUAGCUCCACCCGGACAAGACCAAGACGUAAAGAUGAGCGCGACUACCAGCACCGCAAAAGAGGAUAAUAACAAUGACUCCGAUUCCGAAUCUUCUUCCGGCGACUACGGCCCCCGGCCAGAGCAGGAAGAGGAGAAGCAGCGCACCACACACCUGUUCAACACCUCGUGGGAGAUCACGAACCGGCACAAGAAGUCCUGCAUGGCCUUCAGUUUCGACAAGUCGGGCGCCAACAUGGUGACCGCGGACAUGGACGGACACAUCUACUGGUUCGACUUUAACGGGACCGACCGCGAGUUCGAGCCCUACCGCAACGCGACGCCCAAGGAGGACUGCCCCUGCCACUGCUCCGACAUCCAGCACAUCGGCGACGGGAUGCUGCUCGUCGCGGUUGGCGACGCCAAGCUGCGCGUCUACGGCCGCGAAAUGGAGGAGCGCGGUUCGGCGUUCACGCUGGACCGAAUCGAGGUCGGGGCGCCGCUUUUUACCACCAACAAGGGCGACUACGCCCUGCUCGACCCGGCCAACACCAAGGGACACACGACUCUGAUCACCGAUUGCGCGUGGCACCCGGACGACCCCGAGCGGUUUCUCAGCAGCAGCAUCGACGGCACGAUCCGCAUCUGGAAUGUCACCGGGCGGAAGAUCGGGCUCGACCAGGAAUUGGGGCACGAAACGCUGUUUAAGGUAUACCAUAGUAUAGUACUUUUUUGCAUACUAACGUGUGCGUGUUUUAUUGAAAGGUCGUGGGUUUGUCAUCGCUCGUCGAUAUUUGCGCUUAUUGAAACUCGCUGCUACAUCAAUUCGAUUCAUGCGCUCCACGAACACCUGCUACGUCGUCGCCCUACUUUUGCAAGGAUCUACUGCUUCAGCAUCAACAUCCUCAACAUCAAUACAGGUUCUGAAUUACCGCAACUGUUUCGUCGGUGGCCCCCAGGGCGUCUACCCGAAGAGCUUUGCCGUGGACCCAGUCGCGUGCAAGAAGCUGCUCGCCGGCUGCAACGAUGGGAGCCUGCAACUCUUUUUUCUGGACAAAAAGGACCGCAAGCCGCUGAUUGCCCGCGAGGCGCACAAAGACGCCAUCGUGAAUGUGGUUUUCUUCGACGGGAAAAUUUUGUCGCGAAGUCGCGACGGGACCAUGAAGCUGUGGAACGCUUCCCACGUCGUGGGUCCCAACCUGAAGCCCAUUCAUGUGUGGGACAACCUCCCCUCCGAUGACCAGGCGGACCGCGGCAACAUGCAAAUCAUAACCGAUUUUCGCAAUCCGGAAGACUACGAGCGCACAAAGCAGAUGGUAGCGACCUGCACGUCUGGAAUGCAAAACACGGUGCAGGUCUUCUCGCUGCACCCACCCUACGAGCGGCUGCAGAUCUUGUACUUCGAGGAAGCCGUGGUGCGAAUCGCGUACCCGAUGGUGAAAAACAACGCGAACAAAGAGAUCGACUUAGAGCAGCUCGCGGAGCGGAGAGCGAAGAAGGACAAGCUGCUGCCAUUUUCCUUCGGCGUGGGCGGCAAAAAGGACCCCGCCGGAGCAGGAGCGGCGAGCAGCAGCAGCAGUGGCGCCAAUAAGGCCACAAAAGAUGAAGACCACAUGGGUCAAGACGACGAAGAUUUUUCCGACGACGUGGAGGAGGACGAUGGCGGGCAGCCAAAAAACAAGGACGAGGACCCGGAAGAAGACGAAGCAGAGAAGAUGCUGGAAAUGAUGUCAGAGCAAUUUGGCCGCUUCGAGCUGCCCGACUACGAGCAGGUCGAGCGCCAGAGAAAGGCUGCGCAGGAAGCAAAGAAAUUGAAGAGAAAGCUUCGAAAGAAGAAGGAGCAGGCCGUGAAAGACCACUUGGCGCAGCUGGCGGCCAACGCGGAAGCGGGCGAGAUUGACCAGUCCUUUCUGCAGGACAUCCUGCAAAAAUCGAAGAAGGGGCCGCCAGAACCUCUGCGACAGCUCUUCGUUGGGCUCAAGUCCGGGAAGAUCGUCAUUUACUACAACACGGACUUUUCCAAGCGCGGGAUCCUCUUCUCCCUCCGCAAAACGCUGACAAGGCAGAAGAAGGACGAAUCCUCCUUCGCCACGGACGCCAUCGCCGCCGACGACAAACAGGGCUUCUGGGACCGCGGCAUUCGGUUGAUGCGCGACGGUAACAUCAAGGAGAUGGGCUUCAAGGGAAAGCAACGCGUGAAGACGGAGCUCGAGCGCCGGGCGCGCAUCGAGGACACCAGUAUGCCGCAGCCCGUGAUGAACCCCUACCCCGUGCACGACGGGUUCGCGCAAGCGCUAGAGUACGCACAGGGCGCGGAGCGCAGUAAGCUGAACCCCGUCACCAAGAUGAUCCUGGCUGCCGAGGGCAUCACCUUGGACGAGAAAGGACACGUAUAGAAACUAAACCUUGAGGCUAUUUUCACAUCAUAUCAUUUUAUUUUCUACCACCUCCGUGAAUGUAGAUGUAGAAGUAGAUGACCAGUCUUCAUCGUUAUCUCAGAAGCCCUUUCCAACGAACUUUGUAAUUCUAUGCCGCUUGCUGGAAAAAAAAAUCACUAGGCCGAAUUGCCAAAACUUGAAUUUUCAAAAACAAACAGGCCGUCCAGCCCGAGGGCGUGGUUCCGCUGCACGAGCAGAACCCGCAGCAGGUGCUGCAGCAGUUUCAGCCGAAGAGCGAGGAGGAUCUGGUGUACACGCGCGCCUACCGGAACAACAGAACCGUGCUGGAUUACGACAUCGAUGAAGUGGAUACCCGCGACAAGGCCACCGACAUUCUCCAGGGCGAGCACUGUCCGCAGUGCGGGCGAAAGAUCUGUUCCUGUGGGUACAUGCGGCGCCUGAAAGGUCUGGAGGAGGACCCCGAGGAGGUGGAGCGGGCCGCGAAGAAGGCAAGGAAAGAAGCCAUCCAGCGCCGCGAAAUUGCCACCAAGCAGAAGUUUGGCGGCAAGGCACCCCCGAAGACCAACCUCAGCAAGAAGUACACCAGUUACACUAUCGGAGAACACUACCACAGAUAAAGAUUGUUUUUCCUACUUUUUGGACCUGUUCGCUGCUCUAUGUAUGCUUCCAGCGUAUUUUGCUGGACGAGUACGGGUACGGAAUCAUGGUAUACAUAGCGACUUGGUGGCGAUGAGCCCAAUAAAAACACGGAAGCGACACAUGAAAACUCACAUGAUUAUUGCGGAUAAGGAUAAUGUAAAAGACUGUGGUUGGCUUUUGUUUGCCCACAUGGUUCUGACAUCGCACGGUCCCGAGCAUAAUCCCCUUCGGCCUUCUCGAG